GCUGUUUUUGGGUCAAGAUGAAUCCUGAAUACGACUAUCUGUUUAAACUCUUGCUUAUCGGCGAUUCCGGCGUCGGUAAAUCGUGUUUGCUUUUGCGUUUCGCUGAUGACACCUACACUGAAAGCUACAUUUCAACCAUUGGCGUCGACUUUAAAAUCAGAACCAUUGAAUUGGAAGGCAAAACGGUGAAACUUCAAAUUUGGGACACCGCUGGUCAAGAACGAUUCCGUACCAUCACUUCCUCUUAUUAUCGUGGUGCUCACGGUAUCAUUGUCGUAUACGAUGUGACCGAAGAAGAAUCGUUCAAGAACGUUAAAACGUGGCUUCAAGAAAUCGAUCGAUAUGCCGCUGAAGGUGUGAACAAGCUGUUGGUCGGUAAUAAGAGCGAUUUAACCGACAAAAAAGUGGUGGCGACUGAAGAAGCCAAGGAAUUGGCGGAUGGACUGAGCAUUCCUUUCUUGGAGACCUCGGCAAAGAACUCGACGAAUGUGGAGCAAGCAUUUUUAACCAUGGCAAAGCAGAUCAAAGAUAGAAUGGGCUCCACCAUGCGACAACAGCAGCAACCCAAGUCCAACGUGAGAAUCGGUCAGGGCGCGGCCGUUCAACCAAACCAAUCUGGUGGUUGUUGUUAAAUAACACUUUGAUUCCAACAAGCAAAACCCUUUAAAAUUUCCUGCCAACCAUUUGAUGAUGACGAUGGCGACAACGAGGAACGAUGAUCACCAUGAUAUUACGGUUUCUUUUUCUCUUUUGUUUAUCUCUCCCUUUCUUUCUCUCCCUCUUCUUUUUCUUUCUCUUUACAUAAUAAACAGGUCAUAAUUGGAUACUCGGAUUCAUGGCCAUAAAGUAUUUCACCACAGCACAUCCCACACAUACCAGCGUCAAGCGGAUACCAAUUGCUUGGUUGAUCACAACCGACAAUUUAUCAAGAUACGGCUAAUGAAUGGGUCAUGUUAUACCAACCGCCCCAACUGUUCUUAACUAAACUCCCCGCUGCUUGUGGCACCUUCCGGGCUUUUUGACAACGCAUUCAUUGGAUAAUAAGAAGCAAAAAAAAGAUAUAAAAU